AUGGAGACCAGUGGGGAGCACGCUGUACAGAAAAGGCAAGUCCUGUUUUUCUGUUUAUUUCUGGGAGUGUUUGGGGCUGGCGCGGAACCGCUUCGGUAUUUUGUGGCGGAGGAAACUGAGAGAGGAACUUUUCUGGCCAAUUUGGCCAAUGACUUGGGGUUGAGGGUGGGAGAACUCUCAGACCGACGGUCUAGAAUUGUUUCAGACCAGAAUAUGCGAUUUUUGCUGCUCAAUUCGCUUACUGGUGAUUUACUUCUAAAUGAGAAAUUGGACCGGGAAGAACUAUGCGGCCCCACAGAGCCCUGUGUGCUUCCUUUCCAGUUGUUAUUGGAAAAGCCUUUUCAGAUUUUCCGUGCUGAACUACAAGUCAGAGACAUCAAUGAUCAUUCUCCAGUCUUUCUGGACAAAGAGAUUCUCUUGAAAAUAUCAGAAAGUACAAAUCCAGGUGCAGCAUUUCCUUUAGAAAGUGCACAGGAUUCAGAUGUUGGAACCAAUAGCCUGAGUAAUUACACCAUCAGCCCUAAUGCCUAUUUCCACGUUAAUGUCCAUGUUGGUGGGGAGGGGAAUCUUCUUCCUGAAUUGAUACUUGAUCAAGCGCUGGAUCGAGAGGAGAUACCUGAGCUCAGUUUAACCCUCACGGCCUUGGAUGGCGGCUCUCCGGGCCGAUCCGGAACCACGCUAUUACGCAUCCUGGUGGUAGAUGUCAACGACAAUGCCCCUGAAUUUGUGCAGUCGCUCUACAAAGUGCAGGUACCUGAGAACAGCAGGGUUGGCUCGCUGGUCGUCACUGUGUCAGCUAGAGAUUUAGAUACAGGAAGUAAUGGGGAAAUAGUCUAUGCAUUUUUUUAUGCCACUGAAAGAAUUCUCAAAACAUUUCAAAUCAAUUCAACAUCUGGGUAUCUUUAUCUUAAAGCCAGAUUGAACUAUGAAGCAAUUCAAACUUAUACAUUAACUAUUCAGGCCAAAGAUGGUGGAGGACUUUCUGGAAAUUGCACAGUGAUUGUUGAGGUAACAGAUAUAAAUGAUAAUCCACCAGAAAUUCUCAUAUCAUCACUUACUAGUCCAAUUGCAGAAAACUCACCAGAGACCGUGGUUGCUGUUUUUAGGAUUAGAGACAGAGAUUCAGGGAACAAUGGGAAAAUGGUGUGCUCCAUCCAGGAUGAUCUCCCCUUUGUCCUGAAGCCAUCUGUAGAAAAUUUCUAUACAUUGGUAACAGAGAGAUCUUUGGAUCGAGAGCAGAACACUGAAUACAGCAUCACAAUCACUGUCACUGACUUGGGGACACCAAGGCUGAAAACUGAACACAACAUUACUGUCCUUGUCUCUGACGUCAACGACAAUUCCCCUGCCUUCACACAAACAUCCUACACGCUGCUAGUGCAUGAGAACAACCAGCCCGCCUUGCACAUCGGAAGCAUCAGAGCCACAGACAGAGACUCAGGCACCAACGCCCAGAUCACCUACUCGCUGCUGCCAACCCAGGACCCGCACCUGCCCCUCACCUCGCUGGUCUCCAUCAACGCAGACAAUGGGCAGCUGUUCGCGCUGAGAGCACUGGACUUCGAGGCCCUGCAGGCAUUUGAGUUCCACGUGGGCGCCACAGACCAAGGCUCGCCUGCACUCAGCAGCCAGGCGCUGGUGCGAGUGGUGGUGCUGGACGAAAAUGACAACUCGCCCUUCGUGUUGUACCCAAUGCAGAACGCCUCUGCGCUCUGCACCGAACUGGUACCCAGGGCAGCAGAGCAGGGCUACCUGGUCACCAAGGUGGUGGCGGUGGAUGGAGACUCGGGCCAGAACGCCUGGCUGUCAUACCAGCUGCUCAAGGCCACGGAGCCAGGGCUGUUUGGCGUGUGGGCGCACAAUGGCGAGGUGCGCACCGCCAGGCUGCUGAGCGAGCGCGACGCGGCCAGGCACAGGCUGGUGGUGCUGGUCAAGGACAAUGGCGAGCCUCCGCUGUCUGCCAGCGUCACGCUGCAAGUGCUGCUGGUGGAUGGCUUCUCCCAGCCCUACCUGCCGCUUCCGGAAGUGGCACCCGAGCGCGCGCAGGGGGACUCGCUCACUGUCUACUUGGUCAUCGCCCUGGCGUCGGUGUCGUCUCUCUUCCUCUUCUCUGUGCUGGUGUUCUCGGCGGUGAGGCUGUGCAGGAGGCGCAGGGCAGCGCCGCUGGGUGUCUGUUCUGUGCCUCAGGGACAUUUUCCUGGCCACUUGGUGGAUGUCAGUGGCACCGGGACACUGUCUCAGAGCUACCAGUAUGAGGUGUGUCUGAAAGGAGGUUCAGGGACCAACAGUGAGUUCAAGUUCCUAAAACCAAUUUUCCCCAAUAUACUAUCCCAGAGCAUAGGGAGGGAAGUGGAGGAAAAUCCCUCAUUUCAGAAUAAUUUGUGUUUCUCAUAA